AUAGAUAUAGACUUUGGUAAAAACGCAUUGGAGUGCCUCCAAUUAGCUAUUGUCAUUUUCAGUAUAACAAGAAGGAGAUGCUUCUGCAAACCACCUCCGUCGCACUCGCAUCCUCUACCCAGUUCACAACCACCAUUUCCGCCACCAUCACCACCAUUGCCAAGUGCUAUUACUUCGACAAACGCCACCCUGCAGCAACUUUGCUGCCAAAAACCCUCUUUCCAUGUUUUGGAAGUGGACCCAUCCCCAAAAGCCUAAAAAGAUUGCUCUACUUGAAUAGAUUGGGAUCACCCAAUUUCACUCCCACAAUACUACAUGCUUCUUUGCUUGAAACUCCUGUUUUGUGGGCUGGCAGGCUUUGCAUCUACUAUGCCCUUUUGAAGGCUGGUUUAGCUGGAUCCAAAGCUAAUCCACUUGUCGCAGAGUUGGAAACUGGUGAUGCUGUAUUGGGGUUCUCUAAGUGGUUUGAGGAGUUACAAGGCAAACCAGAGAAAGAAGCAGCUGACAAAAGGAAACUAGUGAGCAAAUGGCAUCCUACAACAAAGGGCACACUUAGGCGGAAUUAUAGAAUACGUUCCAAAUCUCAAGGACAGUGCCUUCUUAAAGCCAUUGCAUCCUUACUAUCAGAUGAUGAUCACUUCAGAGAUGCCACUUCCCACAAGGGUUGUCAGAUUAGGAGAGAAAGUGCUCAUGGAGAAAGUGUGUGUUGUAACAAUGUGAGAGCUCUGUUUGAUGAGCUCCCAACUCCACACUUGGUUGUGGAAAUCACACCUUUCCCUGCUGGUCCUCUCACUGACAAGGAUUACGCCAAGGCUGAGAAACUAGAAAGGGUACUCAGGUCUGCUCCUUCUGUUUGAAGCUUCUUUGGUAUCUCACACCUCUUUUGUACGUAUCCAUCUAAUGUAUCACAUGUACAUAUUAUUACCAUGAAAAGAAGCUACUGAUGCCGUCAGUCACUUUAAACGGUCUUAACUCAAUCUGCUGAUUACCUUUUGAGGGGGAUGUGGUUAUUAUCUUUCAAUGUCAGAAAUACAAAGUUUAAUGGGUUUAAGUGGACUGAAGGUUCAGUUCAUGGUUUUUCUGGAA